UGUGUCCAGUGACUGAAAACCUGCACUGUCUCUGGCUGCCCUGCUGGAAUCCCCCGGGUCCUAGUGCACAGAGGAUAUAGUGGUUAACCAAAGUUGAUUCAAGAUUUGUGAACCAUCUUUGCACUGCAUUGAGCAAAGAUGAUCAUCAGUUCAACAACAUCUGAUGCUUUUCAAAAAUGUAUGAGUUAAGGAGACGAUGGUGCUCUCCCUGGUGCUCUCCUCCUCAGGUCAACAUGUUCAACCUCAUGAGCAAUUGCUGCAGCUGGGUCUCCAAAUUCCAGCAACCACUGAGGAAGAUCACGGUUCUAGUGAUUGGUUUGGACAAGGCUGGAAAAACAUCUUGUGUCAGAGGGAUGUUGAGAGUGCCCCCUGGAGAUGUAGGUCCCACUCAUGGAUGUGUCCGCACUGAAUUAAGGGUGGAGAACUACUUGGUUAACAUACUGGAUAUGGGAGGGGCUCCUGAGGUUCGGGGGUCCUGGAGAGAACAUUACGGUGAAGCUCACGGCAUCAUCUUUGUGAUGGAUUCCAGUGACCGACAACGAAUGAAAGAGGUCAAAGAAGCUCUGGUGGACUUACUGAAGCACCCAAGAGUAGCAGGAAAACCUCUUCUUGUGCUGGCAAAUAAACAGGACAAAAUGAAUGCACUGCUGGGAAAUGAGCUCAUUGAAAUUCUCUCUCUAGAGAGGCUGGUCAACCAGAGCCGUUCCCUUUGCCACAUUGAGCCAUGUUCUGCCUCAAUGGACCUGCGUCGUUGGUCAGACAGGAAAACUCUGCGAGGUCUCAGAUGGCUACUGCGAGCCGUGUGCCUGGACUACCCUGACCUCUGUGCCCGUGUGAUGAGAGACGGGAGGCGACCAUUAGGGCCAGAAGAAAAAGAAAGGAGAGGAAAAAUAGAGAAGAGCCGGAACAAAGCUAAAGAGGAAAAAACACGUACAAGCAAAACCGAUAUCCGUCAAGAACAGCACAAUGAAACUGAAAGGAAAAAUGGGACUCUGCAACCAAUCAAAAAUAUUCUAAAUAAGGAGAACUCUUUAAAAAAGAAACUAAGCAAAAAGAAGGUGAAGGUUAAAAUUAAGAAGGGGAGUCCAAGCAGAGGAGUAAAUGAAGACGAGGUGGAGGAGACAGAAGGACAUGAAGCAGAACAGGACCACAACAGCCAGAAAGAUAAAGCCAGCAGUGCAUUACUGCCUCCCAAACGAAGGAAAAUUAAACGCAAAGCCAAAGUAAAAGAGGAGAACUCAGGUUUACCGGAGUCCGCCAACAGUGAGGUCUCUAGACCCUCUAGAGGAAAAGAGGAAAGAAUGAGAAAAAAGAAGACAGUUAAAGUAAAACGAAAGAACAAGAUAAACACAGAGGAAGUUCCAGCAGUUUAUGCACAGCCUGUUGAUCUUUCAACUACUUUCGACCUUUACCGAAAAGCAAUUUUGGCUCUCAAAGCCCGACAGGAACAGGACAUGGCUUCAGGAUAAUAAUGAAAAAGAAGAAUGAAGAUCUAUGAAGAAAUGGAUGGAUGAAUGACAUGCUGUGAACCACUUAUCGACGUCUUUUACCCAAACAGAAGUCUGCUAUCAAUGUCUGCAAACAGAAGUUACAGUUUUGUAAUGGCUAGAUCGUCAUUAUCAAUACCUUUUGUAAAGAUUUUUUGAGGCAAUUUUUAUAAAAAUAUGUAUACUUUGUAUUGUAAUUCUAUUAAGAUAUUAUUGAGAAACGAUUGAGAAGGAAUUAGCCUAUACUAAAAAUGGGACAUCUAUUCAAAAAGGUCUAUCCUGAAAAAAGUCCUAAAAGAUUUUUGUAUUAUAACUUACAUAACCAGAAUGAAUCAGUCUCAUAGAUAAUCAAGAUGGUUUAUCAUGAAAUAUAUUGCAUCCAUUGUAUUUAUCCUUGAAUCUGUUUUUACAGAAGAUGCCUACCUUUUUUUUUUUUUUUGGUGAAAUUUUAUUACUUUUUUAAAAAAUAUAUAAAUCCGUUUCUUUUUUGCCCAUUUAUACUUUUUUAUUUAUUUAU